GUACCGACCCUUCGGCGACACCAGCGGCCCUAGUGGAGCUUUCCGGCGUCUGCUCAAAUAUCUGAGGACAUGGCACUCCGAUGAUGGAAUUCGCUCUUUGCUUUUGUAUGGUGAGAAGAAAAUCCCGAAGAAAACGGCUGUAUUUCGUCGAUCCACGAUGCUGGUCAAUGGUUUUCUGUGCGCUGCUCGUGUGCCUGUGGCAGCUCACCGCUGCCGAAAGGACGUUGUGCGGUGACGUGGAGUGCUGGUACGGGGACUGCUCCGGUGACGGACGCUGCCUAUGUUACCCCGGCUGGCAGGGGCCGGGAUGUGAGCGCUGUGCCGGCCGUGUGAGGCUGACGGAGCCCAGCGGCGUGAUCAGCACCGGGGUAGGCAACUACAGCAAGGACAUGAAGUGCACCUGGCUGGUGGAGAGCGGCUUGCCCAACGCCACCAUCCGGCUGGAGUUCUCCCACUUCGAGACGGAGUGCGGCUGGGACCACUUGUAUGUGUAUGACGGGGACUCCAUGUUCGCACCCAUGGUGGCCGCCUACAGUGGCCUGCUCCUGUCAAAAGCAAGUUCGUCCCGGCUACCAGAAAUUGUCACUCACUCUGGGAGUGCCUUUGUACAUUUCUACAGCGACGCCGUGUACAACAUGAGUGGAUUUAACUUAACUUACAGGGUGGACGGCUGCCCCCGCGGCUGCUCUGGGCGGGGCACCUGUGUCGGGGGCGUCUGCCACUGCCCGUCGGGGUGGACGGGCGAGGACUGCGGCCGGGCCCCCUGCCGGGACUGCGUCUGCGACGGAGGGGACUGCAGCGUGGUGGAAGGUGGUGCCCUGUACGAGCUGGUGCCCACCAGGGGCUGGGUGCAGGGCCGUGCCUUGCACGGGGCCCUGGUCGUGGGCGACUCCAUGUGGGUGGUGGGUGGCGAGGGCCUCACGCGGCUGGACCAGCAGAUCGCCAGGUACGACUUUGGGCGCCACGAGUGGGAGACGGUGCAGCCCUCGACGCCCAGCGCCCCCCUGCACCGCUACGGACACUCUUUGGUGCUCUACCGGAGCUCGCUGUACCUGUUUGGCGGCACGCUGCGGGACGGGCGCACGGCCAACGACCUGUGGCGGUGGGACCCCUCGGGGCGCAGCUGGUCCCAGCUGUCCCCGACGCAGCCCGAGUGCCAGAACGAGCUGUGCCCGCCCCUCACGGCCACGGGCCACUCGGCCGUCGUGGUGGACGCCACCAUGCUGGUCUUCUUCGGCCACAACCCGGACUACGGCUACCUGAACGUCGUCCAGGAGUACGCCUUCGGUUCGGACAAGUGGGAGAUUGUGCAGACGAGGGGGGCCAUUGUGAAGGGCGGCUACGGCCACUCGUCGGUGUACGACCCCGUGGAGCGGCAGGUGCUGGUCUUUGGGGGCUACCACUCGCAGACCACCACCGGGGUGGUCGUGGACUGCCUGUACGCCUACCGACCCUCGGAGCGCCUCUGGACCCUCCUGGCGCCCAGCUCUUCGCACCGCUACUUGCACAGCGCGGUGCUGCUGCAUCGGACGAUGCUGGUUUUUGGGGGCAACACGCACAACGACACCGCCUUCAGCACGGGCGACAAGUGCUUCUCGGCUGACCUGCUGGCCUACGACCUCGAGUGUGACUCGUGGCAGACGCUGCCUGGGCCGUCCUCUAUGCAGCUGGAGCGCUUUGGGCACUCGGCCGUUGUCUACAACCAGUCCCUGUACAUCUUCGGAGGCUUCAACGGGCAGAUGCUGGCCAGCCUGGUGAAGUACACACCCGGUGCCUGCCGGGGCCUCUCGACGGCGGAGGAGUGCAGCGCGUCCCAGGCCGAGGUCCAGUGUGCGUGGAUUGCGGGCAGCUGCCAGCCGCGCUCGGACAGGGGACCGGACCGCAAAGGCUGCCCCCGCAAGUCCGCGGCCAACCUCACGGUGCUGUGCGAGAAGCAGACCUCCUGCCCGAGCUGCCUGCAGAACAACUACAGCUGCGUCUGGUGCGGCACGGCCUGCGCCCACAAGCACUGCCCCAAGGGCUCCAAGGGCCUGGUGGAUGCCCGGGAGAACCAGACGGACGUGGACCAGUGCCAGCAGUCGGAGAGCAGCAACUGCGACAAGCUGCACAACUGCCACGCCUGCCACACGGAGUUCCACUGCGGCUGGCAGAAUGACCACCGCUGCUACACCUUCGUGCGGGAGUCAGGGAACAAGACGGAGAAGGCGGUGCUGUCGGACAACUACCGGGUCAAGUGCGACAACUCGUGCAGCUCCCGGCCCACGUGCAAGGCCUGCGUGCUGGGCAGCUGCAUGUGGUGCAUCAGCCAGCAGCGCUGCCUGGAGACCAAUGCCUAUGCCGCCACCUUCCCCCUGGCACAGUGCACCGAGUGGACCACCACCAAGUGCUCGGCGCUGUCGUGCGAGGACUUCCAGACGUGCAGCCGGUGCCAGGAGCAUGAGCGGUGUGGCUGGUGCGACGACGGCAGCCAGACGGGCAAGGGCCGCUGCCUGGACGGGGCUGCCUCAGGCCCCCUGGCCGGCCCCUGCCCCGCCCACAACUGGCACUUCACUGGCUGCCCUGAGUGCCAGUGCAACGGACACAGCACGUGCAACGGUUCCUCGGAAUGCCUCCAGCCCUGCCUUCACCGCACCCAAGGGUUACACUGUGAGCAUUGCAUCUCGGGCUACCAUGGCAACCCGGCCAAUGGCGGCAACUGCACGCCCUGCUUCUGCAACAACCAUGGCAGCCUGUGCCACCGGGAGACCGGCAAGUGCAACUGCACCACCAAGGGCAUCAUUGGCCCCAACUGCGACAGGUGUGAUGAACAGAACCACUAUGUGGGCAGCCCUCAGGAGGAAGGUGGCACGUGCUUCUACAACCUGAGCAUCGACUUCCAGUACACCUUCAACCUGUCCUCGGAGGACUACUACCGCAACAUCAACUUCAUGAAUGUGCCGAUCAAGGUGGGCAACGACGUGGAGUUCACCAUCUCGUGCUCGGGCAGGGCCUACGUGAACAUCUCGAUUGGCUCGGGCGGCCAACCGCCGUCACACGCAGACGGCGACACGGAGCCCAUGCUGCUGGACAGCCGGCGGUGUGACAACAUCAAGCUGCCCUUCUACGACGAGAAGCACAACUUCGGCUCGCAGAACACAACCUUCUUCGUGUACGUCUUCAACUUCACCACACCCUUCGUGCUGCAGAUCUCCUUCUCCCAGCACCGGGCCCUCGACCUGCUCCAGUUCUUCAUCACGUUUUCAAGCUGUUUCCUCUCGCUCCUGAUCAUUGCGGCCAUCCUCUGGAAGAUCAAGCAGAAGUACGACCUUUACAGAAGGCGACAGCAACUCUUUGUCGAAAUGGAACAAAUGGCGAGUCGUCCUUUCGCUGGGGUCACGCUCGAGUUGGACGGCGAGCUGGAUGGCUGGAGCAAGCAGCUUCAGGACGGUGUGAAGCAGGGGCACCCGACGCCCGUGGCCCUGGAGCCGUGUGCGAGCGGCAAGGCGGCGGUGCUGAGUCUGAUCGUGCGGCUACCAACGGGAGGCCAGGAGCACACGGCCACGGGACAGUCGGGGCUGGCCAUCGCCAGCGCUCUGGUCUCGCUCGGCACGCUCUGCAAGACCAUCAAGGAGGACGGCAAGUCGGACUGCUGGAAGCCCAGCUCCCACCCCGGCACCUGCAUCUGAAGCCGCCCGUGGCCUUCUUUGUGGCUCACAAGCUCCAACCAUUUAAGAAAUCCUUCGGAUAAUGGUGCAUUCUCGAGGCGCGUUUGAAACCCUCGCCUGCUAAAGUUGGGAAGCACUACGGCAGAUUUGCCGAGUCAUGGACAAACGAGGUGUGUCAUCGUAUUUUAAAGCACAGAGCCCAUGGUGGUGGCUUUUGUCCCAAACUUGCAGCUGAAAGACAAGAUGCGCAUCGUGCGCCGCCGGUGACGCUGCUACGGCCCGUCGCGCACGUUUUUCGGCGAUCUCCGUCGUACCGUGUCCGUGGCCACAACUGAAGCCAUCUGGCAACAUUGGUGACAGCUGGCCCUUUGUGGGGCUGGCUCCAUCGAGAACAUAUCAGCCUGGUGCGAGUGACUUUGGGCCCCUUUAGGCGGAUGUCCUGGUGAACUACGAAGGACCUUAAUCAGAGAUCUAUUUAUUUGUUUCUUUUGCAGUUUUUCCUACGACCCACAGGUGAUUGUUCUUUCCUCGAACGGUGUCGUAGGGUGCCAAAGGAAGUUCGCGAAUGUUUUGCACUUGGGGGUGGGGCAGUUGUAAAAUGUGUGCGUUCGCCUGAUGUACGGCUUCUGGGUAAUCCCAUUCCCCGUCGCCCAGAGGUGUGCACUGGAGCACCAUCUACCGCGUCUGCUUUCUUUCCAAUCAGUUCUCGGAGCUGUUCAGAUGGUUUUAACGGUGAUGGGAUCUUUCGUUUAGUGCAAAAACCUUUGCGACAAUAAAGCGUCUUGUUAUCUUCUUUUAUGAAGCAUCCAGCACAAUUUUAGGGUCCCAAAUAUGCAACAUGAUCUCUCUGCAGUGCUCUUAAUUCAGGUGCAUGCUGGUUUUUUUUGUCUCGCACCUUCAUAAUGUUGUCUUCCUCAUCAACUAGAAACUCGUGUACCAAGUGUGCAGAUGUUAUUGUACUUACGUUCAAACGAGUAAGAUAGUAUUAAAAAUAGCGCUUUUACUCAAAA